GAGGGAAGUAAACAAGCACUGGACAAACAACUCCAACCAGCUCCAUUCUUGAAACACAAACCCCAGUGUGGAGAAGUGUGUAGAGCUCACUUUAGCUUUAAAACUGAUGUGGACAUGCUGGAAAUGAAGACCGUAUUCCAUAAAGGACCUGAGAGCAGCCUUACACCAAGAACGAGGAAGGACUGAAGUGAAUCUGAGGUCAUCAGGUGAAGAUGUCAUACUAUGGGGUGUCUGUGGAGCAGCUCAAUGACCUGUUAACAGACGAGAAUGGAGAUUUCCGCAUGCCGUCCAGAGAUUUCAACCAAGUCUGGCCUGGAAUUCUGCUCGGGAAUGAGUCUGUGGCUCUAAGUGUGCGGCGUUUGCAGCAGCUGGGAGUGACCCACGUCCUGAACGCUGCAGAAGGAGACUCGUUCAUGCAUGUAAACACGGGAGCAGAGUUUUACACCGGAACGGACAUCGUCUACCACGGAAUACCGGCCUGCGAUACUGACCACUUUAACCUCAGCGUUUACUUCGAAGAGUGCUCGGACUUCAUAGAGGAGGCUUUAGCAUAUAAAGGAGGCAGAGGGAAGGUGUACGUACACUGUCAGAAGGGAUACAGCCGUUCAGCUUCGCUAGUCAUCGCAUACCUGAUGCUGAGACAUAGGCUGGACGUGCGAGCUGCUGUGGCCACAGUGAGAGAGAGACGGGAGAUCGGACCCAAUGACGGGUUUCUUUUGCAACUCUGCCAACUCAAUGACAGACUGAGAGAUGAGGGGAAGUUGUGAAUUUUCUUGCUGAUAUGUUGAUAUGUAUCAUAUGUGCAAGAGCCACCUGUGAACACAAGCACUAAAGUUUAUUGAACCGUUA